CUUAGUAGUUGCAUACACUCCGAUCGGUCUGUAGGUCUGUGUUCCUCGAUUCUAAUAAAAUAACAGUGUCAUUUUUUAAUUAAAAUGAUUUAAUUUAAACAAUCAGUUAUGUUAAUUGUUAGUUAAAUGGAUAGUUUUAAACAGUGAGCAAGUGUUGAAGUGUUAAGUGAAUCAGUGCAUUUAAGUGUGUAUGAAUAAAAUAGUGUUUCCAUUUGGAUUAACUGGAUACAGAUUUUACUGAAGACAGCUGGGGAAAAUAUGGCGUUCUGUCAGUUUGCAAAUGAUGGAUAAUUAUUAAACUAAAGGACCCGGCAUAAUGAAACCUGAAAAUCCACAAAACUACCACAUGAAAAUCUAAAAAUUUUAGUCAAUCUUAACGAAACCAACCAAAGCAACAAAACUAUGAAAAAUCCAACAACAUUUCCGCUUGAACUGUCAUCUAAACCGAAUCUUUAGAUUUCGUAGUUCAACAUCAAACCACUUCCAAGAACAUCUUUCUAAUAUUUAUAAUUCACUUAUAACGACUUAGACAAGAUCAACUUUUCUAUGACGGACUCGAUUGCUGUGUCAAAUGGCUUGUAAAGGCGAUGAUCUUCCAAAAUAUUUUGAUACCGAAGACAGAGUUACGAGAGAAAUAGCCAACAUGAAGGAGGCGUUGUCAACUGCUUCCUUGCCUCAGCAAGGAAGUGCAGGUUGCGAUGAGAAAAGGAUUGUUGCUGAAAGACCUUAUGGAAGUUUAAAGAAACGGCGCGGUUCUCGUCAACAGCGAACGCAGUGGCGUCGUUCCUGGGCCAGCGGCAGCGGUCAGAGUCUCAACAGCCCCACAAAUAGUUCUUUGGGGUCCCUCGGCAUGGAUGAGUUCUACGCUGCGGUUCGCGGCGAUUACGAUUACAUUAUGGACACACACCUUAUAGACACCUGCAGAGACGCACGAGGAGAAAUCGAGUCCAGUCCGACGAUCAGAGAUGGAGUAUCUGAUUUACAUUUGGCAUUGAAGCCCCAACAAUGGCGGCAACCGGAAACUGCAGCCAGGAAGGACGUCGCUUUGCUGCGCCGAUGGUUGCGGGAUGUCGAGGCCCGUUUAGAAGCCCAUUCGUUAAGGGACGCCACACGCUGGUCGAGGGAGCGGCAGCAGCGAUGCCUAGGAGAAUUAGCGGAUCUGCAGCUCGAGAUAUCAGCCCAGGGUCGCGUAGUGGGUGCACUGUUGAGAGCCUACGGCAAGGAAGAGAAAUCCAAGGAAGAACUAGAUUCAACUUGUACUAGCAGCGAAAAUCCUUCUGGAGAUUGUCCUCGAGGAAUUAGAGGAUUGGAGAGGAGGUAUCACCUGUUGUACCUGCGCGCACUUGAGUGGCAGUGUCUGCUGGAAGGACUGCUGGCAUCAUCAAUACCAUCGACACCAUCGUGGGCCUGUUCUCAAUCUGACCACGAAGAAGAACCUUUGCCAAAACAGGCGAGACUCAGCACAGAUUUCAAACGAAAUUCACUGAGGGCGCAGUCGGAUACGAGUGAUGAGGAUGAAUCAUCAGCGCUAACCUGCCCGCCCAAGGGGGCCCCAUCUGGAUCACCUGCAAGUGGCGCCAGUUCUGAGGCGGACGUCGAAUCACUGGACGGAGCUUUGAGGACGGCCAAAAGGAUUUCUAUUAAGGAGACGUCUUCAAGCGAUAUGGACACAGGUUUACACAACAAAAAGAACGGUAUAUUAAAAGACUCAGACUUCAACGAUAACAAGGACUUCGUCCUGACCAAAAUCACCGACACCGUUAUCAAACGUGUGAAAAACAUCGAAAUUUCCAAAUACAACCGAUCGAAUCGAACCGCUGACAACGUGGCCACAUUUUACUUCAAACACAGAGACACCGAUUCCGAAAUCGAUCACCGCAGCAACAGCAACGUUGGCUUGACAGGAUCAGAAUUUGAUGCCGAAGAAUUCGCCAUAAUGUCUUCGGAAAGUGACAAUGAAAAACAACAGCAGGACAUGUCGGAAAAACUGGAAAAUAUGGUCAACGGCAACGGGCAGCAUCAUGGUAAACUGGACAACCAAGUGGAUAAUGCAGGGAAUUUGGAUAAUGCUGUAAAUGAUAACCAAGAAGUCAUUGUUCCUACGGUUAGGAAGAAUGCGACGAGGAAGACUCAGGAGAAUAUUAGGAAACUGGUGCAAGAGGCUGAACAUCUGGUAAGAGAAGAUACUGAUCGCGGAAGAAUUGGAAAACAAGGCAGAUCUCGCAAUUUUGAUAAUGCUUCAAGGAUAAAGGAAUGGCUCCGCAAAUCCAGUUCGCCCUGCGGUCUCUCUACCUCCCCAUCAGGCAGCGCCCCCCUCGACAGUUGCGACGCAUCAGGCGAGUGCACCUCCAGCAGCGACAGCGAAGCCGGAGGAGGCGCCCAUGCAGGAUCGGCCGAGAGCUCAGGCGAACCUUCGGGCUCUGUGGCGACUUACCGGCGUGCUCUUGGAGACUCGCAAGCGACUUCCACGGAAUUGAUCGACACGGAUAGUAAUGGAGCGCCCACUGUUCCUCUGACGGAUGGGGGCAACGGGGGUAGUUCGCCGGAUAGUCCAACUCCAGUUAAGGUUAUUAUGCGAUCUGGUAAGACAUCAGCAACUCGUCCAUGGUCCGUCUCAUGUGUGUCCCAACUUACACCAAAUGGUGAAAUGUUGAACGUGGAAAACUUACAAAAUGAAACUACAACUGAUGGAUUACAAAAGAACAAAAUGGCACAACAAUUCAGUCAUUCAGAAUCGGCUUUACAUAUUUUGGAUAACAUGGCGAGCUAUCACGGAGAUUUCGGCAGAACGGAUAAUAAAUUCGAUAUCAGGAAGAAAAAGCUCAGGCUGAAGAAAAGACAGGGAAGAAAAAGUGAAUCCAGCAACGAUGCCUACGCAGUCGAAUCAUCAGCCGGACAACACUCCCCAAAACAAGGAAGCCUGGUAAAAUCCCGAUCGUUUUCUGGACACUCUCAGAUCAAUUUAGAACGCAUCCUCUCUUCACCGACCCUAAAACACCUCACUAAUGAAAAGUGCCAUUUAACCACUAUGCCAGUAAAUUUUGAAAUCGGUGGAAAUAUAACAAAUGCACCAAUCCUGGAAAAUAUUGUCACAUCUGAAGAACACAGCAGUAGCUUUUCUGAAGCUUGGGAUAAUUAUCAGGAUAAGUACUUGUCAGAGUCUUAUUCAGAAUGUGUAGAUACUGAGGCAGCAAGGAGGUUAUUAGAUUUUGGUGAGGAUUAUAGGAAUUAUAUAGAUUCACAAUCAGAUUGUUGCUCGUCUUUGUCAAACUUUGGUACAAAUCUGGAUGUUGGCAAUAAGAAGUUCUUGAAAAAUUUGAUAGCAAAUUCACCUGAUUACAUCAGAAAAUCUAUAGAUGAUUAUUCCUUUGAUAAUUCUGAAGACACAGAUUUAGAUUGCCGUAGAAAGAUUAGAUCUGAUUUGCAUCAAAGACGUCGCUCAAGCAAGGAAAGAAGAAGCUCCAAAUUGACUUCAGAUAGUGACUCAAGUAAAAACUCUUCGAAACGCAAAAAUAGUUGUGGAAUGAAAAAUAAUUUAACAGAUAUGGAAUCCAUGAAAAGAAAAAGUAACAGUAAGCUUAAACUCAAGAUGCGUUCUAAUACGAUGACUGACAGUGAUUCGGAUUUGGAUGAGCUACGAAGACUGGUGACCGAGUCUAAAGUUCAAUUGGACAGAAGCGAAGCCUUGUGGUGCAGCAACGAUCCCAAAUCAGAAAUGGACAGAGGAAUUAUUCUCCAACCAAGGGACUAUGCCGAAAUAAUAUUAACCUGCCGCGAGAACAUCAGAUGCCUGGAAGCAGUCAUGACCAGAGCCUGCGGCGCAAUCCUGACCGAUGUCCAGGGCCAGAAUUUGCGCGAUUUGAUCGCCAGUUGGGACGGAUUACGAAUUCGGGCCGAAGCUUACAUGGAGGCGCGAAAAUUGAGAGGUGCCUUGUUACUUCUAAGGGCAGCCCUUCGAAGUUUAGGAAAACCUUCUUCGGAACCGGGAAAUGAGGAGGAAUUGUUAAAUUCCAUGGAAGAACUUAAGGUAUUUUAG